GACGCACAGCGCCAGUUUGGCGUUGACUUGUCGAACGACAAGCAGGUCGUGCAGGACCUUCGCAAGGCUUGCGAGCUCGCCAAGCGAAAGCUCUCAAACAUGCCUCAGGCACAAGUUUCAGUGUUCUUUCCCCGACUUAGCAAGGGGUACCAGACCACCAUCUCGAGGGCGCUCUUCGAGGAUCUCUGCGCCGAACUGUUCAAGAAAACCAUCAAGGUCAGCGAAGAGGUGCUGGCCGAAGCAAAUGUGACGCGCGCUCAGGUGCAAGAGGUGGUGCUGGUGGGUGGCUCCACCCGCAUUCCCAAGGUGCGCACGCUGCUCCGGGACAUGUUCGGCGGCAAGGAGCUCCGCCAGUCCAUCAACCCGGACGAGGCCGUGGCGUACGGCGCGGCGGUGCACGCUGCCGUGCUGACCGGCGACAAGUUCUUCGACAAGACUGUCACCCUCAAGGACGUGACAGCGCUCUCCUUGGGCGUCGUCGUCGUUGGGGAGAGGUUUGACCCCAUCAUUAAGAAGAACACGCCUAUCCCCUGCAAGAACACCAAAACGUACCGUACUGUCUGUAAUAAUCAGCCAAAGGCAUAUUCGCAGGUGUACCAAGGUGAGAGGCCUCUGGUAAAGGACAAUCACUACCUGAACAAGGACUUUGAGAUCGAGGUCCCGCUGAGGCCUGCUGGCCAGGCCACUGUCGACGUGACCUACGAGAUCGACGAGAGCGGUCUGCUGACGGUGACGUGCGUGGAGCCCACCGCCGGGCGCCAGGUGAAGGUGCAGGUCACGCCGCAGGAGGCGCACCUCAGCGAGGCUGACAUCCAGGCCAUGAUCGAGAAGGCGAACCGCUACAAGCGUGAGGACCAGGACGCUCUACGAGACGUUGAGGAGCAGCUCCGCAGGCAACAUCUAUUGUAGUUUUUCAAGUUUUCUUUUUUUUUUUAAAUUAC